ACCUUCUAGAAAGCAAAAGCCAGUCAGUCACUUUCGCCCUAAAAUUCAUACCCUUUCUCCCAUCUCUGCACACCCAUUCAUUUUUCCUGCUUCCACUCUCUGUUUCUCUCUCUAAAGACUGAUUUAGGAAUUCAAUUAGCAGUGUUUUUUCCUCUGUGAUUUUUUUUUUUAAAUCUGAAGUGAAGGAUGGGUCAGAUCCAGUACUCGGAGAAAUACUUUGAUGAUAUCUAUGAAUAUAGACACGUUGUUCUUCCAACAGAGGUGGCCAAAUUGCUUCCGAAGAAUCGCCUUCUCUCAGAAAAUGAAUGGCGUGCAAUUGGAGUUCAGCAGAGCAGAGGGUGGGUACACUAUGCAAUUCACCGUCCAGAGCCACACAUCAUGCUCUUUAGGAGGUCGCUGAAUUAUCAGCAGCAGCAAGAUAACCAAGCUCAGUAAAACAUUAUUCUGUGGGAAAAGGUUUUACUCUCGUUUCAUUGGGAAAUGUACUUACUAUUAUUAUUAUACUAUAUUAUACCUUGCUGUUUAGGAAACUCGGGUUUUUAUCAACGUGAUGUUGAAAGCUUUGGAUUAAUGUUACGGUGUGGAAUUUCAAUGUUGGAGUUUUGUUUUCUGACAGAUUGAAUGUGGUUUUAGCUUCGGGAAUGUAUUUUUACUUACGUUCCGGAUGUUUAAUUAAAUGUCCUUAAUAGACAUGCUAUUUGUUUUAUCGUAUUUAAUUUUA